CAACCGUCACCGCCGGAGCAGGAAGUAACUCGACCGUCAACAAAAGCAGCCGGUAAUUAAAACCAUAAUGGAGACUCGCUUCACCAGAGGCAAGUCUGCUAUUUUGGAGCGGCCUCUGAGCCGACCUAAGACCGAGGUGAGUGUGAGUGCCUUCGCCCUGCUGUUCUCGGAGGUGGUGCAGUACUGCCAGAGCCGGGUGUACUCGGUGUCCGAGCUGCAGGCUCGUCUGGCAGAGCUGGGUCAGCGGGUCGGAGGCAGCCUGCUGGACGUGCUGGUGCUGAGAGAGAAGAGCGGCAAGAGGGAGACCAAAGUCCUAAACAUACUGCUGUUUAUCAAGGUAUCUGUGUGGAGAGCCUUGUUCGGCAAGGAGGCAGACAAGCUGGAGCAGGCCAACGACGAUGACAAGACCUACUACAUCAUCGAAAAAGAGCCGCUCGUCAACACCUACAUCUCUGUUCCUAAAGAGAACAGCACCUUGAACUGUGCAGCCUUCACCGGAGGGAUCGUGGAGGCCAUCCUCACCCACAGUGGCUUCCCCGCCAAAGUCACCGUCCACUGGCACAAGGGCACCACGCUCAUGAUCAAGUUUGAUGAGGCGGUGAUUGCCAGAGACAAGGCACUGGAAGGCAGAUAGUGGAGAUGGGAGAUUGAGAGGGUGUGCGUGGGUGAAGGUAUGAUGUUAAUUUAACUGCUGGAAUGUCUCGAUCAGACAAUUAACAAUUAUUUAUAUUAUUGGUUAAUGGUCAGACUUUUUUCUUUAUUAAUCGACUGGUUAGUGAACAAAAUGUCCCAUUAGCGUUCCCCAAGAUGCAAGUUGACAUUUUUUUUUUUUGCUUUUUUUUGUCUAAUUAACAUCUUAAAACCCAAAGAAAUUCAAUUUACUUUUAGAAGCAUAACAAAAAAAUAGCAAAUGUUCACAUUCGACAAACUGUAAUCAGUCAUCUUUUGUUAUUUUUACUUUAAAUAUUAGUUGAUCAAUUAUCAAAAUUGUUGUUGAUCAACUUUCUAUCACAAAACUAAUCGAUAAAUGAACAUUUCAGCACUAAGGGAAAGUGUACUGUGUUGAAUAUAUUGAAUGUAUCUGUUACUCUUUAUUGAUUUCACUCCUUUGCAGUGGAAAGUAAGACUUUCCUGGACAAAUAUAAAAUGUAAACAUCACACAAAGUUGUCUGUUGAUUUAAGUGAUUAUUGGUUAAUCUUGUGCUGCAUAUGAGCUUGUUGUUUUCUUUUUGUACAUCACAUUUCGCUGACACCAAACAUUUCCAAACCAAACAGCUGAUGGGAAAUCUUCCAUUUCCUCAUAUUACCAUAUGAAUCAGAUUAAAGGUUAAUUGACAGGCCUGAUGAGAUUAUAGUUGUGUCCUUCACAGACUGCCUGCUCGUGUUUGUAUUGCAGGAAUAAAACAACACCGUAACACAGUAGCAGGGAUGUGUUCAAAAGGUGGGGCUGCUUUACUUGUGUCACAUGUUAAGCCUUCAUCUAAAGCUUCACUGUUGGCAUGUGUGUUUAUGCAAAUUAAUGUUUAUACCUGUAUAUGUUCUGAUAUGAACAUGAAAUGUAAAUAAAUACAUGAAGGAAUGUUUUGGAAAAAUAUUUUUAUGAUGUUUUAAGAAAUGAUGGAUGUUUUGCCACAGAAGUUACUGCAACUGGAAAAUUAAGUGUUGGGAAAGUAGGGAGGGGCGGUGAGUCAUUUGUCUGAGAGGGAAAACAAAGAGUUCUCACUCUGCUCCUGUUUCUGAGUACCACAAAUGUGCGAUGGCAAGGUAUUAGAUUAAUGCAUUAUUUUUGCAUUUACCCUCAAAAACUUUCAAGGUAAAUUGAAUGAAUUCAGUAGAUAAUGACACUUUUAAAGACAUUUGACACUAUUACAAAACUGUUCACAGUUUGUCCGGAUCAAAAUGUGACUCAAGAUAAUUGUAGUAAUGGUGGAACUUAUGCAUACGGAGCUGCAGCCUUUUCACUGAGUGAUCAGUUAAAUAGAAAGACCUGUACAAUAAAAUAUAAUUCAGCACAACAGUCUUGUAAUUAUUAACUUAUUUUAUAUCACAGACACUGGGCUACUGAGUUGAAAUCAUAUUAGAUAUGACCCCUGCGUAAUUUUACAAAAUGAAAAUGUACAGCUGUAGGUUAUGCUGUGUAGGCAUGGCUAGAUCACAAACUGGACACAGCAGGGCACUGCCCUCAAAAACCUCAGGUUUAUUCUGUAUCAUUUAUGGCCACAUAGUUUGAUGAAUUUGUCUGAAGUAGGCUACAAUACAAAGUAAGACAGGUCCUCCAUCUUGUGUAGAGCAAACCUGUGGUUUAAAGCUUUGUUUUAGUUUAUGUUUUGAUCACUUGUAAAAUUGUUUUAUUAAAUUGCUUUAAUUUUU